CCUCACCUGCUCGUUGCCAUGACACCAGCGCAUGCGCUCUGCCUAUCGGAGCUGCUGACUGCCGCCGCCAUUUUGGCGCUUCAUCUCCGUGGGUCAGUGACCUUUAACCCGGGCUCUGACGGUCCGGCCCGCGCCGCCGUUCCACGUAAUCUCUUGUGUUCGGAGAUGACUUGCUUCCAUUCUGGUUCGAUGGGAUCUGAGAUGGCUGAUAAAGCCAAUGCGUGAUCUGCUGACUCUACUACUGUAUUUGUGGGUCAGGUGUAGCUUGGACGAUCAGUCAGAUGAAUGGUUUGGAGUUACUUUUACAUUCUGCCCACUGCUUUGACUUCACCUGUGCAUUUUCGUGACAGAGUCAUUUUGUGUUCGGAAUCUUCCCGAAUGAACUUUCUCCCUUGUUGAUGGAACCAUUUGAUCUGUUCAGGGAUACUUUAAGGACAUCAUUAAAACCUUUCAGUGGAGUUGGUGCCUGGAUGUUGUGAAUGUUGGCUCUGGAGAAAACCUUUCUUCUGGACUAACUUGAUUGAACUAGAUUUGGAGGGUAUUUUGCAGGUUAUGCCAACCCUGACUCAUUGGUGCGAGUCCAGAGAUUACUGUUGUCUGGUGAAGUCUUGGGUUUGUGAUCUCGGUACUUUAGUCUUUCUAUCCUGAGUCACCCAAUGGCUGAACUGAUAUGUUGGGCAGCACUAAUGAAUUUCUAUAUCAAUGUUUGCUUUCAUCAAGAGGGAGCUUGUAACAUAUGGAGAAUCCAACUUGAACUCAAUUGAUGGGACACAGCAUGCAUGAAUGCCACCUAGAACAGAAACUUUACUUUCUAAGUGUUGUUAAUGAAACACCCAUUUUCUCUCUCGUUUUCUGAGUGAGUGGAAUUGUAAAUGUCUUCUGAAUACAGAAGCUCAAUGACUGAAUUUGUUUUAGAAUUGAAGGUGACAUAGGUUGAAUAGCCAAGUCUUGGAUGAAUUAAUGGAAUGAAGAAGCAGGAUCACAUCAAGCUUUAAAAAUGUAUCCAAAGUCUGCUCAAUGUUUUUCUUUAUCUUCACCCAGUUGAUCAUCCAGUUGACUUUGGUAUCGCAGUCUUUGUGAAGUUUUUCCUUGCUUCCUAUAUCAGUUGUCAAACUGUUGACAAAAUUCAAGGGGUGGUAUUUCAUCACAUUUUUCAUUUUCAGCAUAUUGAAUCUCCAGCUGCAUUAGGACCUCAAAGGAUUUCAAAAUGGCGUCUCUGCCUCCUGCUGUAAAGUUGAAAAGCUACCUGAAUUGGGGUUCCGAAAUUAAUCAGAGGAUUGCGGAGUUGGGCUUGUGAAGGUAAGUACUGCACCCUAUAUUCAUCACGCAAAAACCCUGAGACAAGGAAAGCUGUUAAUCUGUGCACAAUAGGGAAUGCCCAGACCACAGACCUCAAAAUGGUACCUCUGCCUCACCAAAGAUAACAGUGCAAAGCAGGCACUCAUUGAGCUUCAGAGUUGAAAGAGUCAUCUUGCAGAGUCAAGAACCAGGCCUUUCUGCACAGAAUUGAGAAACCCCAGCUUCGGGAUCUUCUUGCAUGAAACAACCUGAUUAUUGAAUAUUUUGCAUUGAGAACUUCAGUGUGUUUUGGAAAAGAAAUCACAGUUCCUAGGAGUGUGAAUGACUGCCUCCUGGUCACACUCACUUCGGAAAGAUGCAGCUUGGCGAUGCACCACGCUACAAAAUGAUGCAGUAGAUGCAAAUGAAAAGUUAACUUAAAACUAAAGAGAUAAAGCACAAGUAUUGGUUUUCAAACUGCACACAUUUAAAAGGAUCAAUUUAAAGCAGGGCAACUCAAAACAGGAACCUACUAUACUUCAAAUAUUCAAGCUAAUUCCAAAGUUUGAAAUUGUGCCUCGGACUUGAUGGUUAACGUAUAUGGAGUUACCAGGGCAAAAGGCCAAUGGAGACUCCAGGCAGUUUUGAUCAGCUGACAAACUGCCUGAAGCCAGUGGACCUUUUAAAUGGCAUGUGUUCUAAUGGAGGAUCUGGAAUCUACAGCCAAACAAGAGAGCAUUGCAGCUCGAAAAGACAGAGAAGAAGGGCUCAAAAUUUCACUGAUAAUGACCUUCAAACCCUUCUGAAUGAAAUGCAGCCAAGAAGGGACAGAUUACUUGGUGUGCAUGGCAGGAAACCUCAAAAGCCUAUUUCACGUGCUAUGUGGAGGGAAGUGGCAAUGGCACUGAAUGCCACCUCUCUCACCUCCAGGACUGCAGACCAGUGCCGGAAGAAGUUCAAUGAUCUGACAAGAGCAGGCAAGGAGAAGCUAAUGCACAAUGCCCUCGAAAGGCAGGAGUGCAGAGGGGGCAUUCCCAACAUUAAGGAGCUCACCCCCUAUGAGGAACAGGCCGUGCAGCUGCUGGGCAGGCAGUGUGGUCUUGCCGUGGUGGCAGAUGGAGAAAUCGGUGUAACAGUACAGACUCCAGAGCCAUCACAGCAGUGGGGGUUAGAGGAUGAUGACGACGACGAUGAUGAUGAUGAAGAAGAGGAGAAGCUAUGCUUCCUCGUUAAUUAUGAUGAUGAGGAAGUGGAUGAUGAGAACAAGCCAGAUCGUGAGUCCCUGCAGCUUGAUGCAGCUCCAAUUUCCACUGUCCCCAUACCCUCAAUUUCACCCCCUGCAUCCCUGGCCUUCUCACUCCCUCAGUCCAGCUCUGAUAUGGUCACCAGGGCACGGUUAGACGGUGUUAGUGAGGAAGUGGCACGAGGUGAUUCCCAAGGUGUCAGGGAAUCGGAUGAGUGGGGAAUGGGUGAGGACAUACCACUUCCCCAGAGGAGGCCAAGGAGAAGAAUGCCCCGAAACUCAGAGCCCUGGGAAUCUGAUUUCAUGGGUACUCGCCCGAAGAGAAGGAUGUUCAAUGAGCAUCAUACAUAUGUGCAUGCUCUGCGCUCAGUCUUUGAAGAUGUGCAGCAUCUGACAGCUGUGACUUUGGAGUCUACAGCCCUCAUUUGCAACAGCAUCAAAGAAGCUUUCACUUCACUGCAGUCAUCAAUGGAACACGUGGCAGCUUCAUUAGAAUCUGCAGCACGCCCCCACUUCAGAAGUGCACAGGAACCAGUCCAUGCCCCCACCCCCUCAGAUGUGCAAAAUGCUGCAUUGGCAGUAAUUGGGGAGAGAAUAGACAGCACCUUACGUGUUGGUUUUCAAACUCUUGGAGCUGGGAUCCAAGCUGCUGUGUCUCACGGCUUUCAGGAUCUUAUAGCUGCCAUUAAACCAACUAUUCCAUUGGUCAAUGGGAAUGCAAAUAAAGGACCUAGUGCAAUGCCAAUGUUUGAAGGUAACCUACCUGGAACAGCUGGUUCUCAGGACAGUCACAUGUGGCAGACCUCUGACCUAUCCUCUCAUAGCAUCAAGUCAGCAGAAUUUAGGAAGCAAUACCAGACUGCCCAUACAGAAACCCACAAGAUACAGCCAGUGGCAACUCCCUGUCAGGAACAAGCUGCCCUAGGCGGUGGACCACCUCAGUCCCAUGAGCCUUUUGCAGCACAGGAACUACCAAUGCCCUCGUGUGAUACUCAGGUUGCACCGAGGAGAAACAGUCGAAUAGGAGACAGAAAGGCCCGUUUAACUACUCCGGGAAAACCGUGCAUGAAAAGGAAGUAGGAUGAUCUAUUUAAUGUAUAGGUUGCUUGUAAUAAAAGAGAUUGUGCACUUUCUUUGUACUGAGAUAUUCAAUCAAAUAAGAUAUGAUGGUCAUGUGGAGCAAACAAAGGAUGGGUACCAGAGCAAUGAAUUUACCAUUUGUCUGAAGAUGGAGAGGAGUAUGGAGGUGUUCUUGAGGUUGCGGCAAUGAUGCUAUCCUCCAAUGAGAGGAUGAAAACUCAGUUUGUGUGAUCAUUGAGGAGUCCUUAUAGUGAAGGUCAGUCAGAUCCUCUCCUCCAUAAUGCUCUGCCUCCAGAACAACCAAGCCUAACUUCCCAGGCAUGUGGCUGUCAAUGUCCAAGUCUAAUGUUUUAGAUUGCUGUGUUUUAAGUAUAUGGAGCAUACAAGCUGGAGCAUGCUGGACCUACUGCCCUGAGAUCUAGUGGUCCUCUCAGUGACCAUUCCGGUAAAAGUGCAGACCUUGGUAUAUUGAUCCUCAUUAUUCCGAUACCUCUUAGUGAGGUCAUUAACUAUGGCAGCAAAGGUUAAGACAAUAUCCCUCAAAGCUAUUAUUGGCAUUAUUGUUGAACAACAAUGGCAAUUAAUUAAUUCAUCAUGGCAACUUCAUACAUGUCUCCUGUGGAGAAUUCUUUUGCAUACUGUUGUACAUGAUUUUGACGUUGAAGGUAUGAAAGCUCACGGGUUUGUCACUGGCAGAGAAGGUAACUGAUAAUCAUGGGAACUUACAAAGCCAUGUUGAUGCCAAAUUAAGUGACAUUACACUGAUCCUCUGGUUGCCAAAUGUGACUGAGUUGAGACAACUCAAAAGUUGAGUUAUCAUUUUCUCAGCUACAGACAGCCACCUGGGACACCUAAUUUUAGCCGCAGGUCUUCAAUCAGCACCUUUUGUUGUUCUUUUACCGUCUGCUUUUUGAAGGUUACUCAUUUCACAGUGUUCCUUGCUCAUAUCUGCAUUAAGUCUGUAAAUUAUUUGAGAGGAAGGAAAUACAUUGCUCAGAAGCUGCCUCAAUCUUCUUCCUCCAUCCUCGCCUCUUAUUCCAUAAACAUAAUGGAAAACAAAGGAAUUCUGGGUAUCUUUGGGAUCUCUCUGUUCCUCAAGCUGUCAGAAACAAAAGGAAUGUCCAUGGAGAAAAGCUGCAGAACAAUAUCCCAUCCUCUACAAAGCUUUCCAAUACCAGAAACCUGACGAAAUUCCUGUCCCUCUUCAGCCUUAAACAUCUCCCAGUCUCAGCUCAUCUUCAGAGUAAUGAAGAUUCAGAACUUAGUUCUGUGUGAGCCUCAAUAUGAUGGAAGCAUCGGUUCCUGGAAUCAUUGCUCCAUGUCUGGUGGCCUCAAACAAAUAGAUUUCAGUGAACUUCAGUGAGGCUUAGUGCUAGAAUAUGGGCGGAUCAGCACAUGGCUUAAGUUUCUGUUUGAAUAAUAGUACUGUACAUGCAAUUGUCCUGAGUUUGUACCACAAAAAUAACAAUAAAUUUUUCAAAAAUGUGGUAAGAUUGGAAGGUUUGAAAUGAUAAAAGGCUGUUUAGCUGCGACUUUUUUCCCUUAGCAGAGGAGACUAAGGGGUAAACUUUUGAGGUUUAUAAAAUCAUGAGAGACAUAGAUAAGGUGAAUAGCCAAGGUCUUUUCUUCAGGAUAAGGGACUCC